AUGCUCGCUCGAAGUGUAACUAGGGCUUGUCGGUUAACUGCAUGCGUCCCCGCCCCGCCGGGACCUGGAAUCUGGGGUCGAGGGGAUGAACCAGCACAGGCUCGCUGCGUCGUCAAGCAGCAGAUACGGCGGUUCGGGUUGCUGGAGUAUCACUCCCAUGAUCUUUUGAAACAGUUUAACCUGCCAGUCCCCAAGGGCUUUGUAGUGGCCAGUGCGGAAGAUGCGCGGUCGGUUGUAGCGCAGAUCAACGCCCCGUCCGUCCUGAAAUCCCAGAUCCUGGCCGGUGGCAGAGGAAAGGGAAAGAUGGACAGCGACGGUCGAGGCGGAGUCCGCAUCGUGAACUCAGCAGACGACGCAUUCCACAACGCCUCCAACAUGCUAAACCACUACCUGACAACGACGCAAACACCCCCAGAAGGCCUCCUGGUCCAAAAGCUCUACAUCUACCGAGCCGUCGACGUAACGCACGAAUUCUACGUCGCUCUCACCCUCGACCGCUCGCGCGGCAGUCCCAUGCUCCUGAUCUCCGACCAAGGCGGCGUGAACAUCGAAUCCAGCAUCGACAGCCUAAACCGCUACUGGUUCUCUCCAUCCACCGGAAUAGGCGACGGCGCGUUGUCCGACAUCCAAGCCCGGCUGCAUUUCACGGACACGGACAUGGUCUCGGUCACGCACAUCCUGCGGCAGGCGUUCCGGCUCUUCUGCGCCAAAGACGCCACGCUCCUCGAGCUGAACCCCCUCGUGCGCACGCCCGAGAGAGCAUUCGUCUGCAUCGAUGCCAAGUUCGAGUUCGAUGAUUCGGCCCGUUUCCGGCAGCCGGAGAUCUUUGCCCUGGAGCCGCCGCCGUCCGACAGGGCGGAUGAGAGGGAAGCGGCCAGGCAUGGCCUCUCGUAUGUGCGGCUGGAGGGGAAUAUUGGGAACUUGGUGAAUGGCGCGGGACUGGCCAUGGCGACGAAUGACUUGAUCAGCCAUUUCGGGGGGUCCAGUGCGAACUUUCUCGAUAUUGGCGGCAAGGCGACCACCGAGACGCUGAUCGCGGCUUUUAAGAUUGUCACGUCGGAUCCGAGGGUUCAGGGGAUCUUGGUGAAUAUCUUUGGGGGCAUUGUGCGAUGCAACAUGAUCGCAGAGUCUAUACUGGCGGCGGCGGAUGCUCUGGGGGGUCUUCGCGUGCCGGUGGUGGUGCGGCUGCAGGGGACGAAUUCCGAGGAGGCGUUGAAAAUGAUCAGAGACUCGGGUUUGAACCUUCACACCGAGACAGACUUCGAGGCCGCGGCGCGGGAAAUUGUCCGACAGACACCAUCCUACCAGUAG